AUGAAUGUGACAAAACUUGGAGCUAUGCCCGAAUUGGAAAGAGUGCAGCGACUGGAAAGAGAUAUUCGAGCAAUGGCAGCAUUAGAUCGUCCGAAAUGGCCGAUGUGGGACAGCGUGAGACGUCAAAAACGCCAAACGCAUGACACAGAUCCGGGAUACCCCAACUUACCUGGCGAAGUUAGUCCUGAAGGAGAAACACAUGGCGAAGGGCAUGCAGAAGGAGAAGAACAUGAAGAACGUAUCGGUGGAGUUUUGUAUGAAACUCUUCGACCAUACGCUUUCACCACAUUCGUUGGAAAAGGUGGCGUAAUGGAGGCAUUCACUCUAUCACCACACGCUUUCGUGACAGAACUCGCCUAUCCAGAAGCGCUAAUGCUGCAAACGCUAUCACCUCGUGCUUUCGUGGCAACUAUUCUUUCACCAGCAGCUCUUAUAGCUCGGAUUCUAUCUCCAACAGCUCUGAGAGCUGAGGUUCUAUCACCUAGAGCUUUGCAUACUUGGGUACUCAGUCCGGAAGCGCUUGUCGCUGAAGUGCUGUCUCCGCGAUUUUUAGAUCCACGUGUCCUGUCACCAGAAGCUUUAGUCAUUGAUGUUUUGAGUCCGGGUAAGGAGUUUUUAUCUUAUUUAGUUAUUUAUCUAUCCAAGCCCUCAGCCUAGAU